AUGAAAGCACAAUCGAGAAUGAAGAGCACAAGUGCUUUACGUUCGGUAAGGUUUGUAGAAGCGAAGGUUGUGUAUCCUUACGACCGUCAGUUCGUCUGGAAUCUCGGUGUAAAGUCCUCGAUGCUGUUAGCAUCCGCUAAAGCAGGACAAAGCGACCGAAGUCUCAACGAAGCCAUGUACCGAGGACCGGUCUUACUGCCGAAUUUGGCAGGAAUACUUCUUCGAUUUCGAACGAUGGCAACAGUGAUUACGGCGGAUGUGGAGAAAGCCUUCCACAUGGUGGGAUUGCAUAAGGAGGAUCGCGAUUCGGUAAGAUUCCUCUGGCCGCUUAAUUUCGAAACAUCCACAGACAAGGAAAAUUUGCGAAUUUUUCGCUUCACUCGAAUUCCCUUUGGGAUAAUCGCUUCACCUUUUCUAUUGUCGGCGCAGUCCUCCACCAUCUUGAGAAAUCAGAAGGUGACCUGGCAAGAGAAAUUUCCCAAAAUAUUUGUGUGGACAACAUCAUUUUUACUGCGACUUUCAAAAAAGAAGCAGUCGAGAAGUAUCACGACGCAAAAACGAUAUUUCAAACCGCCGGAAUGA